AUCAUUCAAGACCUAGAUCAACUAUUUUUCUAAAACACCAGGUGGUGACUUGGCAGUUCAGUACCUGCUUUCUGAGGACAGUUUCACCAUGAAAUGGCUAAUGAGAUUCUGUGUUGUCCGGAGCAUCCACAAGUCCUAUGGCUUCCAUCCUGUCUCUCAACACAUGCAGUUCCAAUCAUUAUCUGGGCCUGGAGCCCCAAGAUGGAAUGACCAUGAUAGGCCCAAGAAAUUUAAUUUUGCAAAUGAUAUAGUGGACUACUGGGCUCAAAUGGAGAAGGAAGGCAAGAGAGAGCCACGUCCUGCCUUUUGGUGGGUGAAUAACCAAGGAACUGAAAUUAAGUGGACUUUCAGAGAGUUGGCAGACUUAACCCGUCGUGCAGCCAAUGUCUUCACACACACCUGUGGCCUUCGACAAGGAGACCGUCUGGCCUUAAUUCUGCCUCGAGUUCCUGAGUGGUGGCUGGUGGUUGUAGGCUGCAUCAGAUCUGGAAUCAUCUUCAUGCCAGGCACCACUCAGCUGAAAGCCAAGGAUAUUCUCUAUAGAUUACAAGCAUCUGAAGCACAGGGGAUUGUAACCAUUGAUACUCUGGCCCCAGAAGUGGACUCUGUGGUAUCCAAGUGCCCAGCUCUGAAAACAAAACUCCUGGUAUCUGACCACAGUCGUGAAGGAUGGCAGGACUUCCGAUCACUGAUGAAGGAAGCAUCCCCAGACCACACCUGCAUUAAGUCAAAAACCACAGACCCAAUGGUCAUCUUCUUCACCAGUGGGACAACAGGUUUCCCCAAGAUGGCAAAACAUGACCAAGGUCUUGCCUUCAGAUCUUCUUUAUCCUCCUGCAGGAAAGUGCUGCAGCUGAAGAUCUCUGAUGUCAUCUGGUGUAUGUCAGAUCCAGGUUGGAUUCUAGCUGUCUUUGGGGCAAUGCUCGAACCAUGGACAGCUGGGUGUACUGUAUUCAUCCAUCAAUUGCCCCAGGUUGAACCUAAAGUGAUUGUACAGACUCUCGUAAAAUACCCCAUCACCCAAAUCAUGGCUGUACCAGCUGUUUAUAGAAUGAUUCUGCAGCAGGACUCUGCUAGUCUCAAGUUCCUAACCCUGGAGCACUGCACUACUGGUGGAGAGGCCCUGCUACCUGAAGAGCAAUUGCAAUGGAGAGAAAAAACAGGCCUUGAGCUUCACCAGAUCUAUGGACAAUCAGAAACGGGACUGUGUUGUGGUGUUCUUCGGGAAAUGAAGAGCAAGCCAGGCUCAAUGGGGAAAGGCAUCUUACCCUAUGACAUUCAGAUCAUUGACAACAAAGGCAACAUCCUGCCACCCAACUCUGAAGGCAACGUUGGCAUCAGAAUCAAGCCAAUAAAACCCUUCGGCAUCUUCAUGUGCUAUGAGAAUGACCCAGUGAAGACAGCUGAAGUGGAGUGUGGGGGCUUUUACAGCACUGGAGACAGAGCCACUAUUGAUGAAGAAGGUUACAUCUGGUUUCUAGGGAGAGCUGAUGAUGUCAUCAAUGCCUCUGGGUACCGCAUUGGGCCGACCGAGGUGGAGAAUGCCCUGGCAGAACACCCAGCGGUGGCAGAGUCAGCUGUGGUGGGCAGUCCUGACUCAAAGCGAGGGGAGGUGGUAAAGGCAUUUAUUGUCCUGACUCCAGAAUUUAGGAACUAUGACCAGGGAAAGCUUACCAAGGAGCUUCAGGAUCAUGUGAAAUCAGUGACAGCCCCAUACAAAUACCCCAGGAAGGUGGAGUUUGUCCAAGAGCUGCCCAAAACUGUUACUGGCAAGAUUAAAAGGAGUGACCUUCGGAAAAAGGAGCUUGGUCAGAUAUAAGCAACAAGAAACACACAAGUCAGUGACUGUAGCCAAUUCCUUGGCCACCUCAAUUUUCUCCAUGCUGAUGGUGAGUAGGGACAUGGAGAGAGAUUUGGUUUGGAAGAAUAUCCAUACAAGCUGGACAAAAUUUUGUUUAUUUUACACGAUUCUCCUUCACCACGCUUCCUCCAAGUUCGUCUCCUGAUUGCGCACAUGAAACCUGGGACCAAGCAGGAAAAAUAAACUGUUGACAUCAGCAUCUAA